GGCCGCGGCGAGUUACAUCGAUUCCAGUCCGCCCGCCUCCGCGGCCACCCAGGGAACCCCGCAAUGUUCGGGAUGCCGAGCAGCAGCUUUGAGGAAGACCCCUUCUUCUCUGAUUCUUUUAUGGCACACCGAGAAAGUAUGCAACAGAUGAUGAAAAGUUUUUCUGAACCUUUUGGAAGAGACUUGUACAGCAUCUCCAAUGGUAGAGGAAGAGCUCGUAAUCGUAGAGGACAUGAUGAUGAUGAAAACUCCUUUAGUCAUACAGAUGUCAACCCUUUUCAGGCAGUGGACCGAAUGAUGUUAAAUAUGCGAAAGAGUAUGCAGGAAUUACAAAGAAACUUUGGUCAGCUCUCCAUGGAUCCCAAUGGACAUUCGUUUUGUUCUUCCUCGGUUAUGACCUAUUCCAAAGUGGGAGAUGAAGCACCAAAGGUUUUCCAGGCCUCAACUCAGACUCGGAGAGCUCCAGGAGGAAUAAAGGAAACCAGGAGAACUUUGAGAGAUUCUGACAGUGGAUUAGAGAAAAUGGCUGUCGGUCAUCACAUCCGUGAUCGAGCUCAUGUCAUUGAAAAGUCGAAGAACAGGAAGACUGGCAACGAAGAGGUCAGUCAGGAGUUCACCAACAUGAGCGAAAGUGAUGCUCAUGCUUUUGAUGACGAGUGGCAAAGUGAGGUCUUGAGGUACAAACCCGGGGGAAGAUGGCAUAACCUAGAAGACAAGAGGAUGUCCAGUGUUGGUCACGAGAACGCAGGAUCCCGAGAACUUAGAAGAAGGGAGAAACCUCGCCAAAGUCCAGCCAUUGAAAGUGGAAAAAGAUCAAAAGCCUUUGUGGACAAACUCAACGUCAAAGGAUCAUCUGUCCAAAUCGGCAAAAAAUAAAUCACCGUGCAUUUAAUUUGUUUAGUUUUGGUUGUUUUAACAGAAAAAGUAAUGGUGCUGGGUAAUAUGUUAGACCAAUCUCUUGUUUUUAAAUCCAUACUGUACUUCACAACUUUCUUCUGAUAGCUGAAUGUUCUUAGAAGUGCUAUCUUUAUAUUUCCCCUACUUCUAGGAAGAAAUCUUUGGUUUUCAACCAUGUGAAUAAAUGUUUAAACUUUCUAUAAAAUUCAUUUUUUUAAAACAUACUAAUUUUUAAAGAUCAGAUGUAGAUUUUGCUUUCUCAGUUAUUUUCCCAUGGCUGUGUAUCUUUUAAACUUCUGAAGAUGGGAUAAUGGAGCUCAUUUUAUCAUCUGCAAUUACAGUUAUAAGUAAAAUGUUAAAAGUAGUCUCACUUUUCACUGACUAACACUAUACUAGAGUGAUGUUAAUAAAAGUCUCAGUAAUUUAUCUCAAAAUUUAUGCUGUUACGUAGCCAGUUAGCUUAAAGCUUUAUAAAAAAUAAAAUUAUACUAUUAUAAUUUUUUUAAUUAGGUAUUAUUUUGAUAGACAUAAAUAAGUGUUCAUUUUCAAAGAAAAAUAUUUUAAAUUGCUAAAGUACAUGAUUUUUUAUUAUAGUUUCUUUAUAUAAUGUAUUCUUUUUGUUUUACAUUCUUAACAUUCAUCAAACUUUCCAUCGACCUUUCUAUUUAACUCCUUGAGGUGGUAUGUUUCUGCCCUCCUUACCACAGAUAGGUUCAUCUGUCCCCAAGGCUAACAUUUUGCAGUUGGAGUGUCCUUGGAGAAACCUAGCCUUUGUGUGACAUCUAGAAAAAUGCAUUUGGUAUUCUGCAAACUUGAAUGAUUGAUUAUCUCAAAAUUUGUUAGACAGGUGAUGUGUUUUUGAGUAAGGUGCUUAAUAAUUCAAUUGUUCCCUUUUUAAUUAUGCCCUUUAAAAAUUUGGCUGUAGCUUCUUUAUUCUAGAAUUCAAGCAUUAAUCUGUUUUUAUAAAAGUUAGGUUUGAAGUUAGUAAGAAUAUUAAAUCUUAACUCUUAAGUCUUUGUUGUUUUCUAUCAAGGAAAAAGAAACAACAGAAAACUCCCUACCACUCUAUAAUCCUAAUCCUGUGUCUUCCUCUAAGUUUAGAAUUAAAACUACUUAAAUUAUGCUCAUACUCCUUAAAUUUUCUAUAUUAUGUUGAUGUUAAUUUUACUAGUCUGUAUUUCAUGCUUUUAAUUAGUUACUAAUUAAAUAUGUUCAUUCAUUUUUAGACCCAAAAUUGAACAUGUGUUGAAGUUAGAAAUGUUAACAUUUCCCUUUUACAAACGUGUUUCUAGUUUAGUAUGCUAUAACAUAUUGAGAAGUUCUCAUUGACGUACAUUUUAAAUAAUACUUUGGAAUAAAUUAACUCAGCAGGGCAAAACCUCAACAGAAAGUAGACACCGUAAUUAUUUUCCUUUUGCCUGAAUCAUUACACUGAUGAUUACUUGAAUAAUUACAUUCUAAUCUGAAAACCCACUUUAAUAACUAGUUUUGCCUAAAACAGUGUAACUCCUGUACAUCAUAUAGCAGUUAGGGAAUUCAGAGACACUUUUCUCCUGACAGUUUGUUUACCAUGGAAAUCAAAUAAAAUCUGAAUUAUAUAUUUCUUCCUCUGACACAAUGCUUCAUAAAGGACGUUUAUAAAACGUGACAUAUAGAGAUUAAAUAUCAAUUCUUUGUGUUGAUAGGAUCCUAAAAUGACUGUUUUCAGAAUUUGUUUUUUACCAUAAUACUGAAGUCAUUUUAACAGUAUGAAAAAGAUGGCUCUGUGUAGCUUGUAGUACAGAUUUUUUUUUUCUUUUACUGGUGACCACUGAUCUUUUUGGACCCCUUGGUCUUUUGGGAAUGCAUGAAUAUUGACAAUUUGGUGAAUGUAGCCUUAGCAACAAAGCCUGGUUAAAUGCUUAUGCUCACUGCCACAUUAGAAGUUUUCCCGACACCGGGCAUUCUGACUAAUGGGUUUUCCUUACUCUGCCUUCGCGGCUUCAUUGUCCUGUACUGUUACAAGGCAGUGGCAGUGGCACAUUGCAGUCAGAUGGUGCCCUGCCUGUGGCCUCAGCUACGUGUCACCUUUUCAGUGAUCCUACCAUGGACCUAAAAACAGCACGGCUAUGGGAAGUUGCUCAUAAAGAGACAAGGAAAUCUUGUGGUCCUGACCUUUGCACAUGGUUCCAAAUAGGGACCUAAGGCUUUUCCCUCUUACACUGUUAGGUAAUCACUAUUUUGUUAUUAAUAUAAAUAAUUAUAACAUUAUUAAUAAUAAUCAUAAUAAUUAUGCUACAGGAGGAUUGUAUUUUGUUUUACAGAAAUCAUUUUGGCCUUUGACAUUUGAAAUUAUAAUCCUGUCUUCUUCCUAACCCCCUGUUUUUAAAUUUCAUUCAUUUUUGUUUAGUGUAAAUCAUAUUAAAUGUAAACUAUUUCAUAAAAAUCACAAAAAUUGCUCUAGUAAAGUUUUGUUCAAAUUAACUUUUGCCUAGUAUUAACCCUAAAAGGGCAUUAGUUUGCUUGAAUUAUAAAAAGCUGAAAGUGUAAUUGAAGUAAAAAUCGCUUUAACAAUAAAGCCAUUGCCGCAAUACUCAGAACAAUUAAAAUAUGCGUCAGAACAAAAUUCUGCCUGCUAUUAUUGUAUGUAAACUAGCUGUGUGUGUAUCUUAUUUUUGUGGUUAAAUUAUUGUUGAUGAAGCUAAAUCUGAAUUAAAGACUUCUAAAACAGGUAGAUGGAGGCAGGGACUAAGUUUUUUAACCCAUUUAAGAAACCAGAACUAAUGCCCGAACUGUCUCGACAACUCACUGGGCUGAGUGAGUCAGUGUUCAGAAAUGUAGCUGUCUUAGGCUGGGUUCUCUAGAGAGCAAAACCAGUGAAGCAUGUAUCAUACAUAUAUGUCUCUACACACACAUAUCCAGAAAGAGAUUUAUAUCAAGGAAAUGGCCCAUGGUUGUAGAGGCUGGAAAGUCC